AGGCAAUAGGAGCAGUGGGCGGAGGGCCCGGGGAGUACGAGAGCUGUGAGCAGAGGUUCCGCCGCAGGUUGCUGUGUGGCUGAGGGUUCCGGUGCGGAGUCCCCGGCCAUGUCUUCCAAACCUAGCUGCCUGAUGGUGUUGAGCGCAGCCGCUGGAGGAGUAUCUGCACAGUCCUUCCAUCAUUCUUUUAUGCUGUGUAGCACAGCUUUUAACCUGCAGAUUGCCACUCCAGGGGGGAAGCCAAUGGAAUUUGUGGAGCUGGAUGAGAAUAAUAUUCGUUGGAUAAAUGAUUUUCGCAUGAAGCCAUAUGCCAACCCGGCUAAGUUGGAGUCAAUUGACGGUGCUAGGUACAACGCUAUCUUGAUUCCUAAUUGUCCUGGUGCUAUGGUAGACCUUGCAACCAGUGGAUAUCUGGCCAAGAUUCUUCAGAAUUUCUGUGCUGAGAAAAAGCCAAUUUGUGUGGUGGGACAUGGAGUUGCUGCUUUGUGCUGUGCUACCAACCAGGAAAAGUCAUGGAUAUUUCAGGGCUAUAGCAUGACUGGACCCUCUGUCUUUGAGCUAGUGAGGAGAAAAGAUUUUGCAAGCCUUCCAGUCAUUGUGGAGGAUUUUGUGAAAGACUCAGGAGCCACAUUCAGUGCUAGUGAACCAGAUGCAGUCCAUGUGGUGGUCGACAGACACUUAAUAACCGGGCAGAAUGAUCAAUCUACCCUCAUUGCUGUCCAGAACCUCAUUCUAUUCUGUAAUGUCAGGAAAUGAUUGCACUUUAAUUCAUGAUUUUAUUGAGAACCAGUGGAUUGGCUGGUAAACAGGAAAUGCGGAAUCUCAACUUCCAGCUCCAAUGGUGGAAGCAAGGGCCAACAAAUGCAUGUCAGGCAAAAAACCAAUUCCUGAAGGUGCACCAACCCUGGUGAAGAAGUCUGCCAAAUAUUUAAUUUUCAACUCCGUGUUAGUGCGUGCAAAAGACUGUAAAUUUCUAAUAAGUCAGAAAAAGCAACAAAAAAUAUGUGGUUUAGUAAUGUUGAACCUGCUUGUGGUAAGUGACCAAAUAAAUGUUCUGAAUUAAA